CAUGAUGAGUAAUAAUUGCGUUAGCCCUGUUACCUGCGUAGAACAAGACGAUAGAUGUAUGAACAACGUAGAAGAAUCGCAUUUUAUGAAACUGGAUGCAAUGAAUUCGAAUCAUAAUGAAAUUAUGGUUCAGCUUACAUUCAAAAUCGAGUUUCAGAAGGCGAUUAUCAAUAAAUUAUUAUCAGAAAUCAGCGAAAUUAAAACUAAUUUUCAAAUUCAAAGUCAGUUGAAGGAUAACGAGUUGUCAAAUUUGAGAGAAAAAUGUGAGCAGUUCCAAAGUAGAGUAAAAGAAUUUGGAGAUAAUCCAUCGAGAAUUGAUCAAUCAAAUUUUUAUAACCAUCAAAAUACAUUGGACAAGUUGAACAAAGAAAAUGAGUUAUUGAAGAAGAAAAACAAAGAGUUGUUGAAUGAAAAAAAUUCUUUGGUAUCAAAAUUAGAUAAAGAGUUUGAACAAUGUCCAAUAGUGUCGUUUGACUAUGGAAACGAAAGCUACAAUAUUAUCAAAAAAUUAACUAAAUCUGUGAAGGCUGAAAUAGUGGAUACAAGAUGCUGUGAUAAGUUCUUCGAUUUGUGUGUGACUGAACUCAAUGAAAAUCUGGCUUUCGUCGGUGUUGUUGAUGGCGUUGUUCAAAAAGCCUCUGAUGUUAUCGAAGUCCAACAAACUCAGACAACUGCAGAACCAACGAAAAUCUUUGAAGCUAAUAUCGAUAACGUGUCAUUUACAAAGACUGUCUCAAGUGAUCUCGAAGUAGAAUCAAAUCACCUAGAUAAGACGAAGAACGAUAUAAUUUCCACUGAAGAAAACUGCUGCAAAAUAACCGCCAAAUUCACCGAUCAUAGCGACAUAAAAAACAUCUUAAAUUUGGAUCAAAUCACAACGUUUAAGUUUACUAUUAACGAUAAAAAAAAAAAACUCUCAGACAAUGAAUUAGAUGCAAAUUUUAAAUCUAAUCCGGUAAGUGCACUGCAAGAAUUGUGUAUAUCCCAAGAUUGGAUAUUACCGAAGUAUAAGUUUUUUGAAGAAGGCGAUAUUCAACCACCACAAUUGACCAACGAAUCAAAUAAAAACAUCAAACAUAAUAUCAAUUGUUUAUCAACUACAAGGACUGUCCCAAUUGAUUAUGAGGUAAAAUUAACAGGAAAUUAUAAUUCUACAUGCACUGAAGAAAACGUCAGCAUAGUGGCUAAUGAACUCACGGGUCAUAAUGAGUUGAUUGGAGUCCAAGUUCAGGAUCAAUUCAAGACGGUCAAAACUAAUAAAAAAAAACUCACAGACAAUGAAUCAGAUGGUACAGAAGACGAUGAUACACCAGCGUUUACUUUGGGCAACAAGAAGAAGUACGUACAAGUUAACAAAGACUCGAUGUUUGAAAUGUGCAAUGUGGUCGUACGUCACCCGGUGUUUCUUGAAGAACAAGAUACUGGUCGUCUGAUCGUGAAUUUUGGAUUCCUCAAUCACAACGAGAACCACGUGCCACUAGUAAACGGAUCGGUUGUUAUUAACGAAAACCAACAGUCAAUGUUUACCUCUGUAGGCUUCGAUUUCGCCAAACGAUUUCAACGGUCAAACAAUCCGAGUGUGCGCGAAUUGAAGGAAAAGAUUUUUUGUGUUCAGCUGAUGAUAAAUCAUUGUGCACUGACGUUCGUUGGUUUCGGUGAAACGUUACUCAAAGAUCAAGAAGAUGCGGCUUAUGAGUGUUUGACUCGUUCAAAAUUAGUCCCAAAAAAUUAA